GUUCGCAGCCUUGACAAUUCCCCAUCCACCAAUCAUACGUUGACACAUCCUCUGGACACCCCUUCAGUCAUCUAAACCGGUGAGCGAACCUCUACUGGCCCCUGCAUUGCCAGCGUGGCCAGCGGGAACAUCACUGAGCAGUUGACUACAAAGACCUGCGCAAUGCUCUUCCGCGCCAUGGUCCUGACAUGACCGCCUCAAGUUCCUCUCCCUCAAGACCACCCUUCCCGACCAUAGCAACGAAGGCUUCCUCCACCGCUCAGUCUUCCCAGUUGACCGUUGCCGCUGACAGCAAGGCCACCUCAGGCCCUCGCUCUGCCUCUCGAGCCCCUCCCAUCACCAGAAGCCGUCAGGAUGCUGCGGCUCCAGACCCUACCUCAGAAAGAGCGACUCUGUCCUUGAUCAGAAGGACUUUGGUGGCAGAUGGAAGUCAUGGGGGGUCGGAUAGGAGGGCCUCACCGGCACCAAUUGAGGGGGUCUUACCACCACUUACCAGUUCCAAUGAGGUAGAUGUCCAGCUGUAUGCAGUCGUUGCCAUCGUCAUCAAGGACUUUGUCAACUCAUGGUACUCCAAGAUCACCCCAGACCGAACAUUUGUGGAUGAGGUCAUUCAGAUCAUUGCUCAUUGCAGUCGCGCACUGGAGCAGAGGAUACGGCAGGUUGACAUCACGGAACUGAUACUGGACGAGUUGCCUGUGUUGGUUGAGAGACAUAUUGCUGCCUACAGGACGGCCACUACUGCUCAAGCUGCUCUGCAAUACGGCGAAAAUCCCCGACGAAUCUAUCACGCCCUGAACCCACAUCCUGCGCUCGACCCUUCUCUCCCACCAGAGCAGCAACAAGCCUACGAGUCUGCCCACCGACAACUUCUUGUUCAGGGGGCAUUGGCGGUCCUCCUACCAACCGAGGACCUGGCAAACACAUGUCUCAGAACAUUGGUGAGCGAUAUCAUCUCCGACCUCAUCCUCGGACAGGCAGUGGCGCAAAAACUCUGUGAGCCAUGGUUCCUGCACGGGAUUGUCUCAAAGGUGGUGGAGAUAGUGACAUCGCCUCCUACACAUGCGCUUCCUGCCAAUGCCGUCGAUGAGCAGAAAAUCCUUCAGCCAGACGGCCGCCAAAGCCAGCUGGAGCAUUUUGGCCUAUUAACUUCCAAAACCGCGACUCAUGAGAGUUAUUCGUCAGACCGGCACCAAUCAUCUCUUAGUGCGUGGUUUUGGAGACUGCUUCAGUACGCCUUCAUCGCAUACCAGCUGGCGCGGUUCAUUCUCGUCGGCCUGGCGUACGCGCACCAUCUACCCCGGAGAACCCGCCAUCAUCAGCACCUCCUCGCCGGCUCCACAACAUCGCCGUCCAAAGACCAGCUGCCUGUCCCAUCAACACGGCAAGUAUCGGCGCCCGAUCAUCGAUCCCCACGCGCUGUGAUCAAUUACAGAGUGUUCUCCUGCAUAUCCAGCAUGCUCGAUUUGACCAUCCGCAUGCCUUGGCUGGCAAGCUCAUUGGGGUUUUGGCAACACAUUUUGACUACGGGGCCGGGCAGGUACGGUGCUGCAAAUUCCACACUGGACAAGUAAGUGCUUCCGCUCUCCUUUUUUCUCUACCACUGGCCCUCAGCCUCGUCCGUGUCCGUGAAUCCCAUUUCCCCAUACCUCCAUCUGUCUCACAACGGGGGCUUCGGUAAAGCUCUGAUCCUUUUUUUAUCUUGGGAUGAUUGCAUGAAGGCCUGGUCAUCUGAUAGACCAGAGUGGUUGCGAGCCAAUGGACCUUGAUAUCGGCAUGUGCGGGCUACAAUCCUCUUGUUCGUCAUCCCCCCGUGUGAAUCAGGAGGGUGUGGACCGCCAGACGAUACGGGGAUUCAGCCAAUCCCAGCCGUUACGAGUAAUGACGGUCACGCUUGUGUAUUGUCACAAUGCUCGAUACGGGCUCCCAUUGGACGGACUUGGACCUUCACGCUUUGCCAGAUUCAACUGGUUUGUUUCUCCCUGGUUGUUGGCCUGGUGGUCAUCCCCCCUAGCAUCUCUCUUGUUUGCUGGUGGAGUUCGCCCGCUCAUGCUCGUCGACCAACUGUACGUCAACGCCAUGCCGACAAAGCUAUCUUGAACGAUCGACCAUCGUGACGAUCUUCCACCAAGCGACCACCUCGGGGCAGACGACCGAAAAAAGCAAAAAGAUAAGUUGUCGCAGCCAAUUACAUCCCCGGAUUUAUUGGGCUUUUCUCGCUUGCCUGGACAAACGGUGCCAAUUUUCAAACAAGGAGGGCGACAUGGAUCGGCCCCGCCCUUGCUCCCUCAGGUCUCCGUUGACUUGCCCUUCCCGAUGCCCUGCAAUUCUACCACUACAGACGACCCCGACCUUAGCCAAUUGCUGUCGCCCAACUUGUUCAAUCGCUAGUCUCGACCCUGAAUCAGCAGAUGGCCCCCCCGACUCAAAGUUCUCGACUUGACCAAGGCAAAAUCUCACCCAGAAAGAGCCAUUUUUGAAGUCGCUUACCAAUGAAACAUCUCGCUCCUCUGGCAUUUUUGGAAAAGGUGGCAGUUUGCGGUCCCGAUUGGCCUACGCAUGGCGCUUUUCCACAAUCGAAUUCGAGUCAGAUACGUCCGGCCUCCCACUUUCCUCAGCGGUAGUCGUCGGCUUCCUUCGGCACGUGCCGAGGGACAAUCGAGUUUCCUCAGGCAUUGCGAUAAUGGCUCCUUCGAAACCAUAUUCUUUUUACGUCACAACAGCGUUAACAACCCAAGGGGUCGGACUGUCAGCCCAACCUCCCACGGAUAUCCGUUAUCUGUCCCUCAGGUUCGUCGGCCCUGCAAUCGUCAACGGUUCGGAUGGGUUCUUGUGUCACCCCGAGCGAACCUCGACGGGAAGCUAGUCUGCGUCUCCAGUUCCAGAGACCCUUAGACUUACCAACUUCGGCUUGGGCAUCCAUUUUGCAAUAUUCUGCACCCAGCAACUCCACCCCAACCUAAUUUUCUUUGCAAGUGGCGCUUCGAGACUCGAAAUCACUCGCUGGUCAGCUCUGAACAGUGGACACUUCGUACCACACCCUGAGUCCUGCAUCAUUUGGGCGGGAAGAUUCGAUGACCCUUGAUCCUAGUCGCCUGGUCAUUCGAAUCUGUUGCAAACUGCCUGCAGAAACACUAGUCCUUCCUCGCAGUUUGCGCAUCACUUGAAGCCGUUUUUUUGCGACUUGCCAUGGGCUAGAACUGCGCCUGGACGCAUUGGGCUCUUUUCCCAGGCAUUUUCCACGCUCCUCGCUGGCCUGGAUCACCAGGUAUCUUCGCGCUUGAUCUGCGCGAGCGACCACGCCAACGCCAGUCCUGUGAACACAUGCUCGCAACAUGCGAUGCACGGACUCUGCGGGCGGUUUUCGGCGCUGUCCGCUCCACCUCCUGCAUCCUGGCGCCUUGUCCUAGCCGGUUCAUUGUAACGACGUCGAGGUCGAGGUCACGUGGACCCCCUUGAAUAGUUUUGGAAGUGUUUGGGUAUCAAGUGAUGGGCGUCGAUGGGCAACGAUGAGGCGAAUUGGGCAGCAUUGAAGUGGUAAUGGUGGUGUUUGGGUGCUCGAGAUCCACCGGGGCGAUCUCCCGAAACCUCGCCUCGGUGAAGCGUGAAGACAGGGCAAUUCUGCGGCCGUUGAGCCCCGAGGAUCAACUGGCGACGAGAACAGCUCUCUGACAGAAUCGAUUCAACCAGCUGUACAGCAGGCUGGAUUGCUUCCACUUCGCAGUGUUGCACUUUUUCUUUUCGGAUGGAAAUGACGCUUCUGAGUGAGCGGUCUUGCUGACAACUUCAUCUUCUGUGGACAGGUUCCUAUAUCACACAAUCUCCACGCGCCUCUUCUCGCCAGCGUUAAUCUCACCGCUCCUCCUGCAGAUCCGAGUCCUCAUAUUUCCCAAUAACACUCUUGGGCCGCCGCCCCCGCCGCCUCCAUCUGUGGAAGAAGCACAAAAGAUUCGGUCCAAAGCCGCCUCUGACAUUCUCUCUUUGAUCCCUAAACCUGUGGGCAAGACUUUCUUCGCCAUUCAAAACACCGAGAAUGCGGAAGAUGAGGAGAUGGAAAUGCGGAUAGAGGUCGAAGAGAGGUUGUUGGGGUGGACAGAGGAUGCUGAAAUGAACAAGUACCUCAUCUAUGCCAUUCUGGAGCACGUUCUCCUGAGGCUUGUUCCAGAAAUGAAGGACAAGACGCCCUCUGAGCUCCUGGCCGAGAGAGGCGUGGAUUUGGUAACGUCGGGAGAGGGCGAAAAGGCGGAGAAGUGGACUAACGGGGCUUGAGGUUGAGAUGUAGGGAGCACAGAGGAGGACCAGUUCCCAAAUGAGGGCCAAUGUUCCAAAUCUGCGCAACAUGUACAGGUACGAGGAAUUGAAGAAUCUUGCUGUUGUUUUAGCCCUUGGACUGAAGCCAAUUUGACCUCCUGUCCCUACGUCUGCUAAGCUGAGAUUGUAGAAGUAAUCAGCCAACCUUUCUCGACUCCGGGGCCGCAGGGGCUGUGCCCAAGAACACUCCACCCAUUAUCCUCUUCUUCUUUGCUCUUUAUUCUACUCCCAUGAGUCCAGUGCGCGAGACUCGAGAGGGUGGUGACAAAAGACACCUCUUCACUGAUACAUACAUUCCGGGUCACACCCACUCAACGAAAAGCCACCCACAAAACCUCCUCGGCCUUCUUUUCACGAAACCGUCCAGUCCACCCUCUUUGCACACGUUUUGAGACCCGUUCGAGCUCAAAAAGAAAAUCCUCUACACAAGUGCGUCGAGGGUACGUCGGCCCCAGAUCCUCGAUCGUUUCCUUGUGCUCAAUCCAGCGGAGCAGCUCCUCUCCUGCCGUGUGUGAGGCGCCGUCUAUUCAUCCCCCUUUCCCAGACCGGGCUCUGUCUGUUCCAGAGAGCCAAGCACAGACAGUCGAGCGAGCAUGGACGGCGUUGAAGAACGGGGGCAAGAAAAUAUCGAAGAAUGGAGGAGAAAGAUGAAGGGUUCAAGGUGACAAAAAGGUACAAAAGUGGCACAGUAGGCCUUUUCUCUGACAUUCUUCGACUCCUAUAUUCCUGUCUUCCGUCCUUCGAUGCUAUCUCCCCUCCCCAAGUCCACUUUCUCGCAAGACAGGAGGGAUUUGGAGCGAGUUCUUCCCUCGCGUUCCCCGGUUCUCCUCUUUGUCCUCCUUAUCACACACACACAAGCACUCGAAGAGAGAGAGAGAGAGGCAGAAAGGAAGAUAAGUUCUGCCUGAGCUUACAAUCUUUUAGGGCCGCGGCACGAGUCUCGACUCUCUCGCCACGGUUGUUUUUUGAACGGACCUCUUUUUCUUCUGGCGCCCUUUUCCUAUCCCUCUUUCUGUGCCCGAUUGGGUAGCAAAGGCGCCAUGACACAGCAAGGGAAGAGAGAAGGGACUGAAAGAGAAGGGGAAAGAAGCAAGAAGAGAGAGUGGGGGAAAGACAGAAGAAAAGGAAUCAAAGAGAAAGAGAAGGGAGAGCUCUUUGACUCCCUCCUCGUGAGAGGGAUUGAUGUUUUUCUACACGGCGAAGCUUCCUCUCUCUUUUCAAUUGUCUUAUCGAUGGCACGUCCCUCUCCUCUGUUUUUGUUGCUUUGUCUUUUCUUCCGGCCCUGUCUGCAUUGGGGCGCUUGUUCUUCGCUCUUUAAUUCUCGGCAGCGGCCAGUCGCCCCUCUAUGGGAGCGUGGAACGGACACAUAUCAAGGGUAUGCUUCAGAAACUCUCCCAGCCUCUAAAAGAAUCUGA